AUGAAUGGGUCGUCGGUUUUGUGCCCAGGGACGGAUGCAAGCGGAGUGAGCGUAACCUCCCGAUGCUCGAAAACACCAAGCUGUACCUCAGGAGAGUCAAAUUUUUCGGAGCUUUUACAUCCAGCCUCGCUCGAUUCAAUCUUGUCUCUGCCGCAGCAGACCGGGCAGCAGGGAACGCUUCCCGGCUCAUUAGCAAGCAAUGCCUUGUUUAGCCCUCUCCCGGAUUUUCAAAGCGGGAGCAUCCAGACCGGUAGCGUCGCAGGCGAGACUGAGCAAGAGAGAACGCAAUUCAACCCAUUUACAAGCGACGCCUUGUUCAGCCUUUUCCCGGAUUUCCAAAGCCAGAGCAUCCAGACCGGUGGUGUCGCAGGCGAGACUGAGCAAGAGAGAACGCAUUUCAACCCAUUUGCAAGCGACGCCUUGUUCAGUCUUUUCCCGGAUUUCCAAAGCGAGAGCAUCCAGACCGGUGGUGUCGCAGGCCUAACCGGGCAAGAGAGAACGCAUUUCAACCCAUUUGCAAGCGACGCCUUGUUCAGCCUUUUCCCGGAUUUCCAAAGCCAGAGCAUCCAGACCGGUAGCGUCGCAGGCGAGACUGAGCAAGAGAGAACGCAUUUCAACCCAUUUGCAAGCGACGCCUUGUUCAGCCUUUUCCCGGAUUUCCAAAGCCAGAGCAUCCAGACCGGUAGCGUCGCAGGCGAGACUGAGCAAGAGAGAACGCAUUUCAACCCAUUUGCAAGCGACGCCUUGUUCAGCCUUUUCCCGGAUUUCCAAAGCCAGAGCAUCCAGACCGGUAGCGUCGCAGGCGAGACUGAGCAAGAGAGAACGCAUUUCAACCCAUUUACAAGCGACGCCUUGUUCAGUCUUUUCCCGGAUUUCCAAAGCCAGAGCAUCCAGACCGGCAGCGUUGCAGGCGAGACCCAGCCAUUGUCAAGCAAUGCGUUGAUCAGCAGUCAUAUACAUCACCGACUCAACAUAGGAGGACCCGAAAGCACCCAGUCAUGUACCACAAAGCCUGAUAGCAUCGCAGGCUGGGUGGGUCCAGAACGCAGGUGUCUAAAGCCUUUUACAGACAAUACAACGAUUGGUCUACAGUCUGAUUUUCCCUUCGGAAAUACUGAGGCACGAGUUAGCACCUGUCCGGUCGCGAUUGAUGGAUAG